CCGUUGUCGGAUAAAACGUUGUUGCUUAAGCUCUCUAUUUUAUAGUAAUUUGGUUGACGUUUCCCCUCCAGGUCUUAUAGAACUCAAUGGAUAUAACAAGUCAAUCAAUUCAAAGGUAUUGAAAGAAUGGCGCACGUAUGGGUCAACAUAAAGAUUCUUUUACCUUCUGUUUUCAUUCUUCUCAUAGUUUCCUUGAGACACACUUUCACCGACGAUUCUCCAUUAUAUAAAUUUGUUUUGAAAGAUAUUCAUGGUGAUAAUGUAAACAUGGAAAUUUACAAAGGAAAGGUUUUGUUACUGGUCAAUGUAGCAAGCAAAUGUGGCUAUACUGACAAUCACUAUAUAGAGCUUGUCAAGAUUCAAGCUCAAUUUGCAACACAAGGUUUUACAGUCUUGGGAUUUCCUUGUAAUCAGUUUGGCCAUCAAGAACCUCAUGAUGAAGUACAAAUUUUAAAAUUUGUGAAAAAAGAAUACAAUGUGAAUUUUCCAAUGUUUUCCAAAAUUGAUGUUGGAGGAGAACAUGCUCAUCCACUUUAUGUCUUCCUAUACAAGGCAACAUAUGAUUACCCAAAAUGGAACUUUGGAAAAUAUUUGAUAGACAGAAAUGGAAAUCCUGUGAAAUUCUUUUCUCAAAAUGUUUCACCCAGUGCAAUUGUACCAUAUAUUGAAUUGUUGAUUGAGAAUAAGACAGUACAUUCUUAUCAUAAUGAUUUGUAGACUAAAUCAGUAGAAUUAUAGUAAUGCAAACUGAAUUGAUGUGGAAACACUUUAAUGAAAAGAAAACACUUCUAAUGAGUUGUUGAACAAUCUCAUUCAUUAGGCAUUCAAUACUAGUUCUCUAUGUGAAUCAAACAUCUAUAGUAACUACAGCAAGAUAUUAUACAUGUUAUCAAGACAAAAUCACUACCAAAUGUUGAAAGUUUUCCUGCAGAAUUAUUUUGUACAUUUCAAGAAUAAAUGGAUUUAUAUACUUUA